GGCGCUGCUGCCCCGGAUGUGUCCUGAAAGUGGGCAGGAAAUCAUGUGUUUUAUCAACAUGUCCGAGCUCAUCCCUAAGGCUCGACAGUGGUGGUGAUCUGUCCUUAAUCCAGUUUUCCACGAAGCUUUGAAGAUCACUGUGCAUUUUAAUAUGGCGCACAUAGGAAGGCUGUCAUCCAAAAGCUCAGUGCUCUUGCUGUGUGACAUGCAAGAGAAGUUCAGGCCAACAAUUUUCCAGUUCUCCAAUAUUGUGAACAAUGCAGCAAGACUUCUUCAGGCUUGUCGGGUCCUGGGUAUUCCCCCAAUCUUGACUGAGCAGUACCCUAAAGGCUUGGGUCCAACUGUGUCUGACUUAGGUGCCGAGGAUUUAAAACCCCACACCAAAACCCGCUUCUCAAUGAUAACAGAGAGCGUCGAGAAUGAGCUUAAAAGCCUGGGGAGCCCCAAGCAGGCCAUACUGUGUGGCAUUGAGGCCCAAGCCUGCAUUGCUUGUACGACAUACGAUCUUCUGGAUCGAGGCAUGGAGGUGCACAUCGUUGCAGACGCCGUCUCAUCUCGGAGUCAGACAGACCGGCUGUUUGCUCUCUCGCGUCUAAAGCAGAGUGGAGCUUUUCUCACCACCACAGAGGGUGUGAUGCUACAACUUGUGCAGGAUGCCAAGCACCCCAACUUUAAAGAGAUCCAGAAGCUUUUAGCUCAUCCUUCUCCAGAUACAGGUCUCAUCAACUUCUUCAGCUCGCUGUAGCAGAAAUCACACUACACCACAGAAGAAAAAGCAUCAGUACCACUGGCCGUUGAAUUAUCAUUGCAUUUCUGUUCAAAGUGAUUUUGUUCAGUUUUAAAACACUGAUUAUUUCCUUCUUUUUGACCUAGAGAAUGUUUUCUGUAUGCAUUGUUAUUCAUACAUAAAUAAACCAAGACAGACUAUACAGA